AUGCCGGAGCAGGUAUCGCAGAAGUGGGCAGGACUCCAUGGGAUGACGGUAGAGCUUGACAAAUUGGGGAAACAUGCACAUAUGCGUGUGCUAGAUGCGAGGAAUCCUAGCCCACUUGUCGCGUUCUGGCAAUGCACGGAAAAUCGACACGGGGGAGCGCAAGACAGGGCAAAGCACACCAUCAAAUUACGUGUUAGGAUUCUCCAAAGGGUCAAGGCGCCCUACUUCAGGAAACUUAAACUGGUGACGCAGUUGGCGGAUCAGUACUAG